CCUUUCAUUAUUGCCCAUCGUCAUCCAUCGCACACCUCAAGCACGUGUCAUUGCAUCUAUAAGUAACUCGUUCUUACCCACCUUUGCCAUCAAGAAUACGUGUGUCAAAGGUCUUAAGCUUUUCUUCCUCGUCUCUCUUCUUCAGAAGAACAUGAAAGGAGAAGAUCUGCUUCUUUCUAGCUAGAUUUAGAUAUAUCUAUGUAACUUGAGAUCUGAACCAAAAUGGGGACAGCUACUUGCUUGGAUUUACUGGUUGCCAUAAUUCUUCCUCCACUUGGUGUCUUCCUCAAGUUUGGCUGCAAGGUGGAGUUUUGGCUCUGCCUUUUGCUGACCAUCCUCGGCUACAUCCCCGGGAUCAUCUAUGCCGUCUAUGCCAUCACCAAAUAAUUCAUUUCUCGACGGGGAAAAGAAGGAAGAAAUAUGUACUAGAUGAAAAUGUUCCCCUUACUGGCGGUAGAAGUGAGGUUUUAACUGAUGUUAAUUGAAGUAGCAGCGGUGGAGAUGGUGGAGCAGAGUGACAUUUGAAAUGUGUUUCUGUACUCUCCUCUUCUUUGCUGUAUGAUGGUGCUGCAAUUGUUCGUUUAUAGUAAAGAAAGCACAAAGUUUGGGAAA